AUGGGUAGAAAGAACAACACAAACGUGUCUGAUUUCAUCCUCAUGGGACUGACGGACUCCAAAGAGAUGUGACUGGUCCUCUUCAUUCUCUUUCUUCUGAUUUACCUGGUGACUGUGCUGGGGAAUGCAAGGAUGAUACUGUUAAUCCACCUGGAUCUCCAGCUUCACACCCCCAUGUACUUUUUCCUCAGUCAUUUGUCCUUCCUUGAUCUCAGUUACUCAACAGUCAUUACCCCUAAAACCUUAGAGAACUUACUGACUUCCAACAAGUAUAUAUCUUUUGGAGGAUGUUUUACCCAGAUGUACUUUUUUGUCUUCUUAGCUGCCACUGAAUGUUUACUUCUGUCUUCAAUGGCCUAUGAUCGCUAUGUAGCUAUUUGCAAUCCUCUGCAGUACCCAGUUGUUAUGUCAAUGGCACUCUGCUGCUCCUUCAUCACUGGAUCCUACAUGAUUGGCUUUAUUGAUUCCUUUGUCAAUGUGCUUUGUGUGAACCGACUGCAUUUCUGUGACUCCAAUGUCAUCCAUCACUUUUUCUGUGACAUAACCCCAAUUUUAGCCCUGUCCUGCACUGACACACAUGAUGUUGAGAUCAUAGUAUUCAUUCUUGCUGGCUCCACCCUAAUGGUGUCUCUUAUCACAAUCUCUGUGUCCUAUGCAUCCAUUCUCUCUACUAUCUUAAAAAUCAGUUCCACCUCAGGUAAGCAAAAAGCCUUUUCUACCUGUGCCUCCCACCUCCUGGGAGUCUCCAUCUUCUAUGGUACCAUUAUUUUCACUUAUUUAAAGCCAAGUAAGUCCUACUCCUUGGGAAAAGACCAAGUGGCUUCUGUAUUUUAUACUAUUGUGAUCCCCAUGCUGAAUCCACUCAUUUACAGUCUUAGGAACAAAGAUGUGAAAAAUGCUGUCAUUAGAAUGAUGCAGAAGAGACAGAGCAUGAGACAUUUAAGGUGA